AUGCCUGCCACACGUGGCGCAUUUCUAUCUAUCUAUCUAUCUAUCUAUCUAUCUAUCUAUCUAUCUAUCUAUCUAUCAAUCUAUCUCACGUCUUUCUCUUUCUUUCUGUCUGUCUGUCUGCCUGUCUCUCUCUCUCUCUUUCUCUCUCUCUCUCUCUCUCUUUUUUUCCUAUCUAUCUAUCUAUCUAUCUAUCUAUCUAUCUAUCUAUCUAUCUAUCUAUCUCAAUCAGUUCAUAUCUAUCUAUCUCAAUCGAUUAAUAUCUAUCUGUUCAUACCUAUCUAUGUAUCUGAAUCUAUUCAUAUCUAUCUGUCUGUUCAUAUCUAUAUAUCUAUCUAUCCAUCUAUCUAUCUAAAUCUGCUCAAAUCUAUUUCAAACUAUUCAUAUCUAUCUAUCUCAGUCUGUUCAUACGUAUCUAUGUAUCUGAAUUUAUUCAUAUCUAUCUAUCUAUCUAUCUAUCUAUCUAUCUAUCUAUCUAUCUAUCUAUCUAUCUAUACUAAAUACAUUAACUGUUUUUUUUUAAUCCACGCAAAUCAUAUGAAAAAUAUAUUUGAUGUCUUCUUUUGUUUGAUGCCAAAAACGAUUGGCGCAGAUUCGUAA